UUAUUUAUUUCCCUGUCUAAUACCCAGAAACAUUCCAUUGCAUUGUAUACUCCUAAGUGUUGGCUCUUACGGCGUGUAAGUGCAAGUAAUAUCGAUAAACGAAAAUACAAAAACAAAAAACCUUAUCUAUGAUAAACGUUACAAUUCCAAAUCAUUAAUUAUGGUCAGUCUAUAUUAAACAAGAUGUUAAGGUGGAUUUAGUCAGUAGUUUGAAUUCGGACGCGAGACCGCGUACAAUCUUUACAAUGUCGACAAAUAACAGUGAAUAUAUGGUAGCCAUACCCACAGACCAGUGGCCGGCGUUGCGUAAUGUCUACCGCCAAAAUUGGCCCAAGGAUGCCUACACUUAUUUUAUGUUGAACAAUUAUAUUAAUUGGGCACGCAGGGAUCCGGAACUAUGCAAAAGAGAAGUGCGCAUUUUGAGUGUCGACAAUGAUUGGAGUGAGCAUGGCAUUUACAUUCUGGAGGACAAAAGCGAUUACUUUCAUGUAGUUCACGUGGACAUAUGCUCACAUGCCGAGGAUAUGGCACGUCUGCAAUUGGCUUUAAGUUAUGUGGAUACAACGCCGUAUACUGAGCUAUUAUUUCGUGAUAAAAGUUGUAAAAUUGUUAAGAAACAUCUCGAGCAUUUAGGCUAUAUAAUAAAUCUUAAAACUUGUUAUCCUUCAAAGUAUUACCAUCUACACCAGGACGACUGUCUCAGGUUGGAGGUUAGGUCACGCAAUGAUUUCAUUAUGAAACCGCUGAACGUAACAGACGCCAAAUAUAUUGAUGAUGCUUGGAAGUACAAAUCAGCCGGCUCUCUUUACACUAUUGUGCGGAAUAUAAAAUAUAAUCUCUCCUUGGGCGCUUAUGAACCAAACACUGGUGAAUUAUGCGCUUGGGUGAUGUACUGUGAGUUGGGCACCAUCGCCUUUUUGCAUGUGAAGGAUAACUUUCGACGUCGCGGUCUUGCUGAAGACUUGGUUAGAUCUAUGUGUCACAAGUUAGCCGAACAGGGCUGCGAUGCCACUGCACAUAUCGAGGAUACGAAUGAAGCGUCGACAAAGCUCUUUAGAAAACUAGGUUUUCAACCACGUGAGUACAAUUAUUGGUUCAUAAAGGCGGAUUAUGACGCGUAAACGCAAAGCAGCAACGCAAAGGCGGUCGACGUGUCACAAAUAUUACAUUUAUAUGUACAUUUAUGGGGAAUGGCUGCAAAAUUGUGAUAUUUUUUAGACUUUUCAAGUCAUUCCUAUUAAUAUUGAGGCUAUGGGUAACUAUUAGAUUUUUGUAUUUGUCAAUAAUAAAACAUUGUGAAAUUUGAAUAUAAAAGUUCAUGAAAUCUAA